AUGGGGAGAAGCCUCCUGGUGUCAGAGGCCAUGGCGAUGAACCUUCUAGAAGAUUGGUGCCAGGGCAUGGAAGUGGACAUCCGCAGGUCUCUGCUGGUUACGGGCAUCCAAGAGGACUGUGGCCCAACAGAAAUUGAGGAGACCCUGAAUGGGGUGCUCUUGCCACUGGGUCCAUACCGUGUGCGCAACAGGAUUUAUUUGAGGGAAGAAAACGCCAACGCCGCCCUCGUGGAGGCUGGUGAGGGUGUCAGCCUGAGCGCCCUACCCCGGGAAUUCCCAGGAAGGGGCGGUGCCUGGAGAGUGGUCUGUAGAGACCCCAACCGCGAUGCUGAGCUUCUGAAAACCCUGAGCGAGUUCCUGGAUGCCGAGGAGCGCACAGGGGAGAAUGUGGUCCACCUGCUCCAGCUCAGCCCCGCUCAGCAGCGCCGGCACCAGAAUGAGCCCCCAGAGAGCGGGGCAGGAGCGCUGGGGGUGCUCCUGGGAGCCGAGGUGCAGCUCAUCCUCUUGGUGCUGACGGAGCUCUGCUGCCGGGAGGAAGCGAGGGCUGGGGAGACAGCCGAGACUGUGGAGAUGGCGGCCAGGGCGUCAGGGUGGGAGGUCAAGAGCGAACCUGGGCUUGCUGCAGAGGCAGGCUCUGCCUUGAUCGUGGAGAACCCUGACGAGGAAGACCGGGGUGACCCUCCCAAACCUUUGGUCUGCAAGGCUGGAGCUUCGACUUGUUCCUGGAGAAAGAAGCAGAGGAAGAGUCCCAAGCAGGAACCAAGGCCCUGGAAAAUCCCCACAGGCAGCCAUUGCAGCAGCUCAGCCUCCUUGGAGGAACCUGGGGGUGGUGAUGCCGGAAGCGUGGAGCUCCCCAAGCCUGUCAGGAGCAAUAAGAAGCCCAGUGCCGAGCAAGAGUGGUCGAUGAAGAAACCUGGGGCGAAGUGUACCUGGAAGGCUCCCAGAGGCCCACCUAGAGCCUCUGAGUCACACCAAGAUGGUGGUCAGGAGAGUCCACCGAAGAAGCAGCCCGUGGGCUGGGCCUUGGCAAAGAAUCCCAUCCUCAUGAGAAAGGCGAGCCUCAGCCCGUCUUACGUCCUGGUCGGUCCUGAAGAUGCCAGGAAGCUGAUGAUUCCAAAGAAAGGCCCGGGCUCGAGGCGGGACGUGACGGUUCAGAAGGCCCCUCGAAGCCCUCAGCACACCGGGCACUCAACCUCCACAGCAGAAGGCCAAGGCAGUAGGCCAUCCUCACGUGUCCGGCAGUGAGAAUGGCAACGGAAGUGAUUUGGAUUGUGUGAACCAGUGGGUGGGGGGAGGAGCAGGAGUGGCAGGUGGGGACAGAGGACCC